GUCAUCUACCAGCCUUUACACAGCUGCCUCAAUCUCAUUUUCAAUUUUUUCAACCAUCUAAACAAGAUCAGCGUCUUCUAGCUCCUCCAUGGGAAACCUUCUAAACAAGAACAACUUCUCCAAAGUUGACCCCGACAACGCGCUGCAGCCGGAACCUGAUCAUGCACCGGAUAAAUACCACCACCGGAAUCCAUCAGAUGAGCAAAUGAUUCUUCCAUCACUAAUAAGAAGAGAUCUGCUUCGAAAAAAUGCUGGCAACAUGUGUGAUAACUGUUACAGGAUUCAUCGGAAGGCAGCGGGGAAAGCAGUUGAUCCGAGGUUACUGACCGUACUAGAAUUUUUCCGACAACUCUACGUUCGCCGACAAGAGGUGUUUGCGACAAGUUUUCCGGAUCUUCGCGGCGAGUUUGAUGAGCUAUUUAAGAAGCACGGUGCAAAGUUAUCCCAAGCUAAAUCCGGUCGAGUGAAAGUGAAAACUAUACAGAGGAGUUUGAGCAUUGGAUCGUCGCGCGAGAUAUCCGGGGAUGAUUUGAAGCUCGAAAGGUUUAAGGUAAAGACUGUAGUUGUCGGUGGUGAUGUUAAACAAGGUGGCAAAGGAGGUCAGGAUGAUAAAAAGUAAGAGCAGUAUUGGAAAUAGAUAUGGUCAGAGGAUAUCUGAGGAUACCUGAAUAUAUAGCAUGUUGCAGAUAAGGGGAUUAAAUUUUUUUGGUUAUUUGUUUGUACACGCUACGGAGUAUUGAUUUGUUUCAAAAGAUGUUACAACAAUUGGAUGCUUACUUCAUUUGUGUAAUUUUAUACAGGCUUUGUUUCUUUGCUUUA